AUGAAUAAAACUGAGGAUCAAAUAGAGGAAAUCAUUGAGGAUGUAGUUCAAAACUACCAAUCUUGGCAUAUAGGCACAAGGAAUUAUGAUGGGAAAGGUAGAAGGGAAGAUGGUAAUGGUUCGGUGUAUGCCAUAGAGCAAGCACGGAUGAUAGAGAAGCUUACCUCACGCUUAGAGAAGCUCGAAAAUACACCAAGCCAAUCGCCAUCACCGUCUACAAUCCCUCCUCCCUCGGCCACUCUUCUCUCUAAGGGGAAGGGCAAGAUGAUUGAGACCCAACUUGCUCAACUAGCUAGCACUAUCAAAGAGCAACAAGUGCAUACAAGUCUCCCACCGCAAGGUCAACCUCCUAAGCAAUUGUAUGCCAUCAUGACAAGGAGUGGGAAGACCUUAGAUGAUGGUGCUACGCAUGUUGAAGCUCCUAGCUCUAGGGGUGAGACUUCUAUGGGAAAUGAGUCCUCGAACCGUGAUGAUGCGGAAGAGAAGUCUCGUGUCGACGACAUGAGUGAUGGUGAUAAGUCGAAGGAGACUCAUGUUCCUCCUCUCCCAACUCCUUUUUCCCCCUAUCCCCAUAGACACAAAUGGGAUGUGCAUUUCGCAAAAUUUCUUGUGAUUCUUCGACAAUUGUAUGUGACUAUCCCCUUUACGGAUGCUUUCAUUCUUAACAAAACGCCACCCAAACUCAAAGACCCGGGAAGUUUUUCUAUCCAUUGUGCUAUUAAGGAGCUUGAAAUAAGCAAUGCCUUGUGUGAUUUGGGUGCUAGCCUUGGCGUUGGAGAUCUUGUCCCAACCAACAUCACCUUGCAACUUGCCGACCGUUCGGUCAAGUAUCCUAUUGGCAAGGUUGAGGAUGUUCCUCUAGUUGGUGGCAAGCUUACUUUCCUUGUGGAUUUCGUCCUCUUGGACAUAGAUGAGGAUUCCCAUACCCCCAUUAUCUUGGGGAGGCCAUUUUUGGCCACUGCGGGUGAUCUUAUCGAUGUGCAAGAAGGACUAAUCACUUUGAAAGCGGGAGACGCCAAGGCUAGUUUCAAGCUUGCAAUUGAUGAACAUUGUUGCUCUAAAAUGAAAAGUUGCAUGAAAAUUGACACUCUUGCUUGUGUUGAGAACAACCACUCUUGUGCUAAUUCUUCUAACAAUUUUCAUGUUUCUAAGUGUGCUAAUGAGCUUUCUAGGUCCUCUCUUGAUGACAAGGAUGUCCAUGGAAUCCCAAAGGCGCUUGGGGAUGGCUUGAUGAUGUUGUAA